AUGUCCUUGGACAGGUUCGUGGCCAUCUGCCACCCGCUCCGUUACCCCGCUGUCCUGCGCCCUGGGCUCUGCCUGCGGCUGGCCGCCGCCUCCUGGGCGGUGGGCUUUGGGCACUCGGUGUGGCUGUCCACACUCACCCUCCGCUGCCGCUCUGCGGCCCCGCCGUCCUCUGUGGACACCACGGCGAGCGAGGCGGGGCUCUUCUUUGUGAGCGUGGUGUCCACCCAGUCCCCCGACGCUCGUCCUCCGUCCUACGCCUGCAUCGCCCAGCCGUCUUCACAUGCCGUCUGCGAAGGUCGGUGGAAAGCACUGGACGGGUGGCGCCCAUCUCUAGUGGUGACGCUCUUAUGGCUCGGCUACUUCCAGGUACCUGCAGCCCCCUUGCCCAGCUCCCGGGACUGGGGGAAGAAGGUGUCCCUCUUCUACGGAGCCUUCGCUCCCAUGCUGAACCCCCUCUUCUACACGCUCAGGAACCGAGAGGUGAAGGACGCCUUCAGGAGACGGACGGCAAGAGUCUGCCCAUUUCGAAGGGACGAGGUGACAGGGAGCCUGGAAGAGUCCAACGGCAGCGCGGAGGACGGCUUCUUCUUGGUGGGCUUCUCUGACCGGCCCCAGCUGGAGACCGUGCUCUUCGCGGUGAAUCUGCCCCUGUAUGUGGUGGCCGUGCUGGGAAACUCCACCAUAAUCCUCGUGUGCGUGCUGGACCCUGGGCUGCACACCCCGAUGUACUUCUUCCUGGCCAAUCUUUCCUUCCUGGACCUCUGCUUCAGCACCAGCUGCAUCCCGCAGAUGCUGGUCCACCUGCGCGGCCCCGCGAAGACCAUCAGCUUCGCGGGCUGCGCGGUGCAGCUGAGCUCCUUCCUGACCGUCGGGGGCGUGGAGUGCAUCCUCCUGGCAGUGAUGGCCUACGACCGCUACGCCGCCGUCUGCAGGCCGCUGCGCUACGCGGUGCUGCUGCGCCCCGCGCUGUGCUUCCGGCUGGUGGCCGUGGCCUGGGGCAGCGGCCUGCUCAACGCCGGCGUCAUGUCGCCGCUCACCAUGGCGCUCCCGCGCUGCGGCCGCCGCAGGGUCCCGCACUUCCUCUGCGAGAUGCCGGCGCUGAUCAAGAUGGCCUGCGCCGACGCGCGGGCGGUGGAGCUGCUGGCCUUCGCCUUCGCGGUGCUGAUCGUGCUGCUGCCGCUGGCGCUCAUCCUGGCCUCCUACGGCCACAUCGCGGCCGCCGUGCUGCGGAUGCGCUCGGCCGCGGGGCGGUGGAAGGCCCUCAACACCUGCAGCUCGCACCUGGCCGUGGUCUCCCUGUUCUACGGCAGCAUCAUCUACAUGUACAUGCAGCCCGGGAACAGCUCCUCGCAGGACCGGGGCAAGUUCCUCACGCUCUUCUACAACCUGGGCGCGCCGGUGCUGAACCCGCUCAUCUACACGCUGCGGAACCAGGAGGUGAAGGCCGCGCUGCGGAGGGCUUUGGGGCAGCAGCAGAAAAGGUUCCCUCUGAGCUCAUAG